AUGCCUGAUUUUUCUUCUUUCUCCUUCUUCACUCUUCCUCGUGCGGCUGUCCUUUGCCUUCCAACAGGGUACGCUCUACUGCCUGAGCUUGAGACCUUCGGCCAUUUGCAUCCCCAAUAUCUUCAAUACGGUCGCGAAUCCUCUUUCCUUCUUGGGCUCACGGAUUCCGUACACCAUGACAAUGGGUUGUCCGCUGGCCCUCGCCCUGCCAAUGAAGCACAUCGAGAUCCGUUCAUGGUCUCGAUCCCAACUGUAGAAUACAAUCAGCUAACUCGAACUUCUCGCCGAUACGCCAGACUGUGUGCCAAUUUGAUUCUUGGGGGAACUGACGAAGAAACGAUCGCACUUCUCAGUGAGACCCAACCUCAGGAAGGGAUAGACAACCUGGAACAGGAGCAUUGCUUCGAAACAAGCCCCGAAAGCGAGUCGACCUCGCCCCUUGAAAACGAACCCAAUGGCUACCAGAAUAGGCUUGGCGAAUGGGUAGUUUCCCAACCUGAUCCUCCAAAUGAAUAUCCUCCCCGUCAAUCUUCAUUUGGUUCAUAUGUCUCUACGAGGAGUAGAGCAGAGGGUUAUCCCAUCAAUUCAAAGCGCCGAGCGCCACGCGAAGGCAACAGAACCAUAGGUCUAUCGAAUCUUGCCGAGGGAACAACUCACCUCGAUGUCGCCAAUAUGAUUCGAGGUGGUCAGGUUCUGGACAUUUAUCUCAGAUAUAGAGAAAAUACCGCGUCCGUUUCUUUCAUGCACGAAACUGAUGCCAAAGCAUACAUGAACCACGUUCGAAAGCAUGAUCUGUACAUCAAACAAAAGCGGAUCGAUGUCACCUGGAAUGAACGUCAGUUUAUUCUUUCCGAUCACAUCGCUCGUAAGAUAUCCUCAGGGGCGACUCGGAACCUUGUUAUUCGAAAAUGUGGUCUCAACCAUACUGUGAAAAGCAUCCGAGAGGAUCUCGAACACAUCCACAAUCUCGUUGUCCUCAGAAUCGAGUUCGCCAGGGGAGAUUGUUACAUCAGCACCAACUCGGUCACUGCGGCCACCUUUGCUCGUACUUGCAUGAUGAGUCGACUACUUGACAGGAAAUACAAGGGAUCGCGAAUCGAGCAUGACGUCGAUGAAUGCUGCCAGCCUCUAGAUCAGGUGCCUUUCAGACGCCCAAGUCGACCCAAACCUGCAGUGAAGGAGCGCCGGCCAAGCACGACCACAAACAGAUUCAAUCUCCUCGAUAUGAACCAUAGCGACGAUGAGGCAUAG